AAAGUGGUGUUCAUAAUGGGAGCAACAGGAACGGGAAAAUCCCGUCUCUCUAUUGACCUUGCCACCCAUUUUGGAGGUGAAAUAAUCAACUCGGACAAAAUGCAAGUUUAUAAGGGACUUGAAAUCGUGACUAACAAGAUCACAUACGCUGAGAAACAAGGUGUACGCCACUAUUUGCUAGGUGAAAUUGAGCCAGAUUCAAACUUCACGGCCGAAGAUUUCUGUCUGAAAUGCAUUGAAUACAUAGAAAAAAUUUUGAAGACUCAAUGUGUUCCAAUUAUUGUUGGAGGGUCAAAUUCGUUUAUUGAAAAACUUGUGGAAGACCCUGUCUUCAUGUUCAAUCAUAAGUAUGACAGUUGCUUUAUUUGGAUUGAUGUAGAGCAAUCAGUCUUGAACCGUAGAGUUAACACGAGGGUUGAUGAAAUGGUCAAUGCAGGGCUGGUGGAUGAGGUGCGGCAAUUUUUCAUUCCAGAUGCAGAUUACACCAAAGGAAUCAGACGGUCCAUUGGUGUACCUGAAAUGGACAAAUAUUUAAGGGAAGAAAAAAAUAUAGACGGAGAUGAUGAAUCAAAGAAGAUGAUUCUUCAAGCUUCAAUUUCAAGUAUCAAGCGUAAUACUCAGAUAUUAAUUUGUAACCAACUUGACAAGAUUCAACGAUUAAUAAAUGAGAAAAUGUGGUCGGUGCAUCAUAUUAUUGCUACUGAUGUUUUCAAAGAAGAUAGAAAAGAAGUUGUUGACGAAGCAUGGAAGAAUACUGUUUUGCAACCAUGCCUAGAUAUUGUGGAAAGAUUUCUGAAAAAUGAUGAUCACAAUAUUAGUACUGAGU